CGAGCGUGGUCCACGCCGCACGUCAUUGCGUCACGGCGCGGAUAUCUAUAAAAGCGCGGCCGCGAUGUUUCCGCCCUCUCUUUCUCCAUUGCCUGGCCAAGAUGGCGCCGCAAAAGGACAAGAAACUGAAAAAAUCAACUUGCAAGUAUAGCCUUGACCUCACCCAUCCUGUAGAAGAUGGAAUAUUUGAUUCAGGAAAUUUUGAACAGUUCCUGAAGGAAAAAGUUAAGGUCAAUGGAAAAACUGGAAACUUGGGAAAUGUAGUUCAUAUUGAACGCUUUAAAAACAAAAUCACAGUGACAUCUGAAAGGCAGUUCUCAAAAAGGUACCUUAAGUAUCUCACAAAGAAGUAUCUCAAGAAGAACAAUCUCCGUGACUGGCUGCGCGUGGUUGCGUCUGACAAGGAGACCUACGAACUGCGUUAUUUCCAGAUUAGCCAUGAUGACGAAGGGUCUGAAGCCGAGGAGUAGAAUAAGCUUUUAUGUGGAGCAUUGUCUUCCCUGGUGCACAGCGUGUACACAUGAAUCAUCUAUUUAUGAGAAUGAAAUCAUUUAUUACCAAAGAAAAGUUGUACACUGACUUUACUUAUAGAUUGCUGUGGGCACCUGGGAUUUGUUGUGUUUCAAAAGUUUCAUUAAAAGAGCCUCCUGAUAAAUUAUAA